GGCGCCGGUGUUACUGGGUCCGGCAAUGGCAGUCCAGCAAUAGGUGGGGCUACUAAUUCCGUAGAUGGCGCAAUCGUUGGAGCUGGGGUAGGACCAACGACGUUCACGCUCACCGGUGCCGGUGUUACUGGGUCCGGCAAUGGCAAUCCAGCAAUAGGUGGGGCUACUAAUUCCGUAGAUGGCGCAAUCGUUGGAGCUGGGGUAGGACCAACGACGUUCACGCUCACCGGCGCCGGUGUUACUGGGUCCGGCAAUGGCAGUCCAGCAAUAGGUGGGGCUACCAAUUCCGUAGAUGGCGCAAUCGUUGGAGCUGGUGUAGGACCAACGACGUUCACGCUCACCGGCGCUGGCGUUGCUGGUUCCGGCAAUGGCAAUCCAGCAAUAGGUGGGGCUACUAAUCCUGUAGAUGGCGCAAUGGUUGGAGCUGGGGUAGGAUCAAUGACAUUCACACUCACUGGUGCCGGUGUUCCUGGCUCCGGCAAUGGUAGUCCGGCGAUCGGCACGGAUCCAGCAUCCAUUGUCGGCGCUAUCGUAGGGGCCGAGACGGGA